AUGGAUCACCAUUCGAGCCCGAGCCAUCAGGCUCCCGAGGAGUCUGAAAAGCCCUACGCUCCUCACGAUGUCCUUGACGAGACGGCCAAGACCGCCGUGGUCGGUCUGGGAGGUGGUUUCUUCCUCGCGGCCAUCCGAAACGCCAUGUCGAAGCGCAACGUCGGCGCCUUUGGAGUCUUUACCCGCGGCGCUCCCAUCAUUGGAAUAUGCGCUGCCGGUCCCGCUGCCUACGCCUUCUUCUCCCGAACCAUGAUGAACCUGCGCGAAAAAGAGGAUGCAUGGUCCGCUGCCUUUGGUGGAUUCAUGUGCGGUGGUGUUUUGGGCCUUCCUUCUCGACGAAUGCCCGUCGUCAUGGGUCUCGGUGGUGCCGUUGGCGCCAUCCAAGGCGCAUUUUACUUCCUCGGUGGCCGCAUUGACUCCUUCAAGAAGGAGUCUGACGAAUUCGAGCGCAAGGAGAGAGUCAGGAGGACUACAAGACUACCCAUUGAGCAGACUGUAGCUGAGAUUGGCGAGGGACGAGGUAUUCAAGCCCCCGGCUAUGAGGAACGAAGACGUGAGCGUAUCCAGGAGAACUACGGAUUCGAAAUUAACCCUGUCAAAGCGACUGUGGAGGGUAGUCAAUAA